GCGUUACCAUGGUAACGAUGUUUGAUUGUGGCUCACAACAUGCUUCUUAGGAAAAAUACCUGACAUUCUUGUAAUUUGUUACCUGUAGCAACUUGUCCAGAAAUGGAGAAAUUAGGGGAUAACAGUUCUAUGCUAUUCUAUACACACAGUUAGGUGCUUGUCUUGUACAUGGAGGACGAAGAAUUUAAUGCCGCAGAUAUCAAACAGGAACAAGCAAAACGAGAAGAACCAUUAGAUGAUUUACAAGCACAGGAGCAAGGGACAAAUGUGCAGGAGAUUAAUAUAGUACACGAAAUUCUGGCCUUAGCAGAAGAAAGAGAAAAUCUGAUAAAAAAUAAUAAAAUUCUACAAGAAAAAUUGUCAGUAUUCAUUAAGGGAUCUGCUGAAAAGGAUUAUUUUCAGAAAAUAGAUAUACCUUUGGAUGCGGACGAAGGAACAUUCCAUGAAGUUUUGGGAGAUAUAGAUACCAAAUUGAAUGAAAUUAUUACGUUUCAUGAGCAGAGUAAAAUUCAGCAAGAAGUUUUAAAAGAACAAAUAAAUGAAACACAAGAAAUUUUGAAAGAAUUAAAUGAGAAAUUCAGUCGGAUAAAAGAAACAGUGGCUCUACAAUCCAUAAACAGCAAAACAGGAGAACGUUUUAGUGAAGAAGAAGUUAAAGCACUUUUAAGGAAGGAAGAGGAAGUACAGAAAAGUCUGCAAGAAUUCCAAACUGAAACCAUCAAAAAAAGACAUAAUUUAAAUGUCGCAACAGAAAAGAAGAAAAAUUUGGCUGAAGGAACUCUUGAUUUUGCAGAGUAUGAAGUGAUGUGCAUUGAAAUUGAUAAUAAUACAGAAGCAAUUCAGCAAAUAAAAAAGAAAAUAAGAGAUAUUACCAGAAAAGGGUCAAACAUAGUAAAAAUAUUGAGUCACCUGCCACAGAAGUUGUAUUUGGCCCAGAAUACCAGAUUGCUUGUGGAAGAAAAAGUAAAAUCACUGGAGGAUGACUUAAAAAAAGCACGAAAUCAGCUAUUUACUGAAAAAAUGGAAUAUGCUAAAAUGAAAGAGAAGAGUAAGGAACUUCAGUACAAAUCUGCACUUUUGCAACAUCCAAAACUUUUAGAGGACUACAAGAAUGUUAAAGAAGAAAAUGAAGAAAUACAGAAACAUUUAACAGAACUAAAAUUAGCUUAUGCAAAUACAUUAAAGAUCAUAGAACACUAAUUAUAAAAAUAUUUAUUUUUAGUAGUCCUAAACAACAUUUUUCUUCCUUAUCCAAUACCUGGAUGUGAUUAGAAUUUUAUAAUUAAGAAAAAAAAACUGUCUGCUCAAAAGCUAUUUCAUACUGGAUAAGAGAAAAUUAUAAUGAUGUACUGAAACAACAAUGAAUAUUUAAUUUUUAAAAUUAUGUGUUUAUAAAUUACAAUGGUUCUUUUACUUCACUGUAUAUUUUAGCUAAAAGAAGCAUAUACAUUUGUGAAAUUUCUUUUGAAAACAAUUACUUCUCUCUUCAACAAGCCUUCAAUAACUCAUUUAAAUAUCUUCUUCUUUAGAACUUACUAUACAAUAUCUUCACAGCACAGCCAUACUUUCUACUCUACAGCACUGCUUGACAGUUCUAUGAUGUUAUUGAAUUCCUAGGACUGAUUCUUAAUAUUUAAAUUAUUAAAGCCUUUAUUAACAUA